AUGUCGGGUGGGCCAGGGUUGAACUUUAACACCAAGUCAGACUUGGUCGCAAACAACACAGCAGCCAUCGCGAGAAGAGUUGGGUGUGCUGAAGAGGGCGAGGAUCAAACUCUAGAGACCCUGGAAUGCUUACGGGAUGUGCCCUUUGAUGUUUUGACGAACCUCUCUGUAACGGCAUCUCGAACAGCCCGCCCACCGUUUGGCGAGGGCUUUUUCUUCCCGACCUUCGAUGGUGACUUCAUACGUGACCGGCCUUCUCAGCUCAUGCGCUCUGGGAAAUUCGUGAAAGGGAUACGGCUGAUCGCAUCCUGGGUGACAAAUGAUGGCGCCUGGAGAAACUUUUGCAAUUAUACCCACUUGAAGACUUCCAGCAUCUUGUACAGGAAGAAUAUGACGGCCCUAUCUCUGCACAGUACUACCGCGCAGCACAGAUGA